GCUUUAUCAUCAUUCAUAUUAUUUCCGCUGAUUCAACUAUUGAAUCUACAGUAUUAUCAACUAUUAUUGUAUCUCCAUCCUCAUCAAUCACUAUUAUAUCUACAGCCUCAUUAACCAAAUUUGUCUCCAUUAAUUGCACUGCUGCAUCUGCAGCUAAAAAUUUAUGA